UAUAGAAAUUAAAAAUCGACCUCCCUCCGGAUCAUAGAAAAAAUUUGCAUGAGACCCGCAGAUAAUCAUUUUUAUAGACUGUGAAACCGCCACAACAAGACUCUCACAGGCCCUAUCAUGGGAAUUAGUAAACUUUAGCGAUGGAAGAUACCAAGCAAAUGCCAUUUGAAUGUCGUCAUCGAGUCCCUCUUAUUAUUUUCUCGUUCUUCGAAAUAACUAAUGAUUUGAAGGUCAAUGAAACUUGUACAGUCUGUUGGUAAUCAAACAAUUCCAGUUUACCGGGGUCGGCAUUAUUUUAAAUGAGUCGCCCAAGCCAUUAAAACAAAUAUAAUUUAAAAAAAAUCGAUUUCAAGAUGCCAACUGAUACAUUUGAUCCGCAGACCGGUCGAAAUCCUGCCAAAUAGUUUCCAGAUAAAUCAUACUAGGAAACAAAAAAGCUUGUCUAGUUGCCUAAUUGGUUCACGAAGCCAGAUAUUAAAAAAUACAAGUUUUCUCAAGUCUUGGAAACAUUUGACGCAAUCGUCUAUGUAUUGAACAAAGAAAUGAUGGCGCAGAAGAAGAAGCAUCGGAAACCGUAUAAAAUGAAUCUCCAGUUGUCUGUUGGAGAGUGACAGACCAGGUCGUAAUUGUGUUACUCAAGAGUCACCGACGACAUAACCCGACAUGUCCGUCACUUACAUUUGUCUACUAGCGUUGGUGUUGACUCCGUUGGUGGCCAAUGGCAGACCAGCAGCAGAUUCCAUCGAGUCCAUCUUGACCCCUAGGGAAACACGCCAGUAUAACAUGUCACCUGUUCCGGCAGCACCCUGGCUUAUGACACCGUAUGGGUUCCGACAGCAAAGUUUCGGACGAUAUCCAUAUCUGGCGACACCUGGGACCCCAGCAGCUCAGGUCCAGGAACGAUUUGGACUUGCUCUUCUGUUGAGUCUAUUUGGCGGUGGUGGUGGUGGUGGUGACGGUGGUGACGGUGGUGACGAUCGAAAUCCCUGGAAUUUUCGGCCCCUGGCCAAUUUCCAGCAACAAAUGGCCAAUCCGCAGCCGUUUUUCUGGCCGCUGACUACCGCGCUCGGUUAAAUAAUUAUUUAGAAAUUCAUCUCUGAAUUAAAAAAUAUGAAAUUAAGAAAAAAUAAAUGCAUUUAAUUAAAAAAAAAGAAAAUUGAUUUGUUUUCUUCUUCACAUUAAUUUAAUCAAAGCAAACUUCGCAAUACAAUUGUAUAACUUA